AUGUUUAUAGUUAUAGAAGAACAUUUAGUUGAUUUAUACGACUGUUCAGAUUUUGUUUCAGAAAAGUACCUGUUUAGAACAUCAAUUAUAAUGAUGAAAAAUGUAUCAAUGGUAUCUGGCCAACCGAGUGCAGGAGAUGCUAUGAGUAAUGGCAACAACUACAAUCAUUCAUUUCCAGCUUUGCCAGUUUUGAAGACUUCGGAGACAAUUGGGACUGCACAAUUUAAAAAACGGAGUAAUUUCAAAUCUUCAACGGUGAACGAAAUAAUUACUAUACCUGCCCAAGACAGACAUUGGGACAUGAAUGGUCAAUUAGAGCACGAAAAAUGUAAAGAAGCAUAUAUGAAAAUUGGAAAAGAGUAUAAUGUAGGAAUAGAGAUUUGUAUUUCGAAAACCAUGGAUCUUACUUUACAAAUCAGCGGCAAUAGAGUUAAUGUUAAACGAGCAAAACAAAAGAUUAUCACAAUCGAACAAACUCAAAUUAAAACUACUACUACACCAUUUCCAAAAGAACAUCGAAGUACGUUAUUGGGCAAACAAGGACUUAAUCUAAAGAAUGUUGAAAAACGUACAGGAGCACGUAUUCAAAUACCGUGUAUGAAAAAUUCGGCUGACAUAAUUUAUAUAACCGGAACAAAGGAUUCCACGAAAAAAGUAGUUCAAGAAUUGGAGGAAAUUAUAAUUAAGUUGAAAAGUAAAAUUGAAAAAGAAAUAACAAUUGAUCAACGUCACCACGGAGCGAUAAUUGGAUUCAAUGGUGAAAAAGUUCGAGAACUUCAGAAAAUAUUUAAUGUUAAAAUUAUAUUCCCCAGUCCAGUUGAGGCUAGAAAUAAUUUAGUUAAAAUACAAGGUUUAAACGAUGAUGUAAAUAAAGCAUUUAAAUCAUUAGCUGAAUUGGCCGAAGUAUUGGAUGAAAUAAACUAUGUGUUAGAAAUUCCUAUUUUUAAACAAUUUCACAAACUUAGUGCUAGAAAGAGAGCAAUAUUUAUUAAAAAGAUCAGAGAAGAAACUGAUACGAGAAUUUUUUUACCACGCGAAGGAGACAAUAAGAAUAUUAUUAAA